CGCCAUACGGAACAUCCUGCCCUCAACGGAGAGAGGGGGUGGAGAGAGAGGGGGUAGAGAGAGCCUGUGUGUGUGUUGAGAGAGAGAGAGAGAGAGAGAGAGAGAGAGAGAGAGAGAGAGAGAGAGAGAGAGAGAGAGAGAGAGAGAGAGAGAGAGAGAGAGAGAGAGAGAGAGAGAGAGAGAGAGAGAGAGAGAGAUAUGAGGUCUGGCGUCUCCCGGUAGUAAAUCUAUCAGGGCUCGAGCACAAAAACUCAGAGAAAGAGACAGAGAAGAGGCCUCGCGGAAAUCCCACUGCUUUACUGGUGACCGGGAGCAGCAGCAGUAGCCCGUGAAGCCUUGGAUUAAAUAGCCCGGCUACAAGGACGGAUGGUCACGCGGACAAGCGGCGCGCUCUGAAGUUGGACAGACUACCGAGACACCGAGAGCAAGCAGCAGCAGCUUUUGUUCACCCCACCUCCCCGAACCCCGUGAAGGCAGCGGCGGCACCGGGAGGCUGUGCCUGCGCACCCCGACCAUGAAGCUGCCUUGGCUGUUGUCGCUCACGGCGCUGCUUGCUCACGCCGCCACGGGACAGACGUGGUCGUCGCCGUCUAUCGAUGACGAAGGCUCAACGAGAGACGAGUUCUACGAUGAUGAGGACCUCUACUCAGGCUCAGGCUCUGGCUUUCCCGAGAUCAGUAUGAGGCCGACGUCAGCGGGCGUGUCCUUCACCACAGAAGAGCCCCUACUCCUCUCCACCACUCAGGCCACUAGCCCCGCCCCCUCCGCCUCACCUGCGGCUGAGCCCAGCCCCAACCCCGAGGACCCCACCGCCACCCCGUUGCCCACCGAGGCCGACGGAGAGAGCGGUGCAUUCUGGGAGAAAGAGCUAGAGAAGGAGAAAGAAAGAGAGAGGGAGCUGGAGACAGAGAGGCAGAGGGAACUGGAGAGGGAGAAGGCGAAGCAGUUGGAAAGGGAGAGAGAGAGGGAGAGAGAGAAGGAACGGGUCAGAGAGAUGGAGAGGGAGAGAGAGCGCGAGCGAGAGAAGGAACGCGAGAGAGAGCGAGAGAAAGAGAGAGAGAGGCAGAGAGAGCGUGAGCUUGAAAGAGAGAGAGAGCUCGAGCGAAUCAGGGCCGCUGCUGCCGCCCAGACCACUACCGCCCCGAGGUCACCUGCAGCCGCUCCUGUGGUGACCACCAACCCUGCAACCAGCCCUGCAGAAAGUGCAGCACCCUCUGCUGGUUCGGAUGACCUGAGCACCACAGAAGAAGAGGAAGAAGAGGACGUCUACCUGUCACCUGAGCCCACCUCGUUUUACCCGGGCUUUGACAUAGAAACCACCACAGAAGAAGACACACCCACCACAGCAGAGACCACACCUGAAGCCACAACAGCAGCUCCUACCACCACCACCACUGUCAGGACCAGGGUCCCCUUCAGGCCCAGGGUUCCCAUGACGACAGCCACCCAGGUGAUGCCAACAGGGAGAACGACCCGCCCACAGCAGCCCACGACUACACAGGAGAGUAACAACGAGGUGGGCGCUGCAGGACCAAGUGGAGAUUUCGAAAUCCAUGAGGAUCGCCGCAAUGACCUUGGUCGCGGUGUAAUGCCAGGAGAUCCUGAUCUGGUCGGCAACACAGUGGACGGAGGAAGCUCUGCCGCCCAGCUGCCACAGAAGAACAUCUUGGAGAGAAAAGAGGUCUUGAUAGCGGUGAUAGUUGGAGGCGUGGUAGGCGCCUUGUUCGCCGCCUUCCUGGUGAUGCUGCUGGUGUACAGGAUGAAGAAGAAGGAUGAGGGCAGCUACACGCUGGAGGAACCCAAACAGGCCACCGUCACUUACCAGAAACCAGACAAGCAGGAAGAGUUUUACGCAUAACACUCGUACGCCAGAGAGACACCGCACACCGAGGGAGAGAGAAAGAUGGAGAGACAGAAGAGAGAAAGAUACUCUAAGCCCCCGUCCUCCUCCUCUUCCUCCUCUUCUUCGUCGCUCCCCCCUCAUCUGCUCGCCUCUCCUCAUCCUUCUCUCCACUCGUCUCCAAAACACUUGAGAGCGCCUUUCUCUCUGCGGACUUGGAACUUUCUUUUCAAUGAAAACGAAAAAGAGGACAAAAAAAAAAAAAAAUCCAAAUAUAUUCUGAAAAAAUAACACAUACACACAAGAUGUUUUUAAAGUAAAUGUUGUUAUUAAUAUUCUACAGAUUCUCUUGUUCUGUAUGUAAUAAUAUGAUUAUUUUGUAGAAAAACAAAACAAAACACAAGCGCUUAACCUGUGUUUUCCAACACACAAAAAAAGUUCCUCUUCUGUUUUUAUGGAGCGAAUGAAAAGGCUUAAAAGAAAGAGGAGAGGAGAGGGGUGGAGCGAGCUGAGCGAGACACAAAAGAAAAAAAGAGCGUUUGGCUUGACUCUGCCCCUCACCCCCCCCCCCCGCCCCAAAAAUACACAGAGCGUCUGGUUGGCCGCACAGAGCCCAGAGUCAAAGGUGAGAGGAAAGGUCUCUUUUGUGCCUUCCAUCCCUCUGGUGCUCAAAGACACGCAAACGCACAUCCAUACAGCCACAUAUAAACACAUGCUUACACACACACAUGCAUACACACACACUUGUAUCUGCUUGAAGGUGGCUCUGACCUCUCUCUCUGUGCUCGGCCAACCAGAAAACGGUGCUCAACCUUCGGCGUGUUCCACAGCGUCGAGGAGCCGCUGUGGAAACACUGGCUGGUCGCAUCGAAGUUUGCUCCGCGGCCCGUCUGCUCCUCUAAGCUGUACAAAGACUAGUUACGGAUAGUAAUAAUAAUCAAUAAUAUAUCAAUGUUUUGGGCUGGAUGGUGAACAAUAAUAAUAAUACCGUAAUAAUAAUAAUAAUACUUAAGCAGGAGGAUGUGUAUUUAGCAGUUUAAAAAAGUUUAUAUGUAAAUAUUGUAUCCUUUCUGGCAUCACUAACCAUCUGCAUGAUCAUGAAGAGUUUUUAUUCAUCACAUCUGUCAUCACUUUAGAUGAGCUGUGCUCUCAUCAACCACAUGCACACACACACACACACACACACAAACACACACACACACACACACACACACACACAUACAGAGAUAUGCUUUCUGUGCAUUUAAACACACCACAUGGACUUUAAAUAUACUGUAGAUCAUAUCAUCCAAACACAUAUCAAUCCCAUCAUCGUCGUCAUCAUCAUCAUCGUCAUCAUCAUCAUUGUGAUAGUCAUCACUUUUGAUACGAGUGAGAUCAGGUGGUUUCAAUAUGUUAUUGAUUAGUUAUCGAUCAGUUGCUGGUUGGUUUAGAGUUUGGUCUGUUUGUGUAAAAGCACAACUAUGUGUCCAAUCAUCAUUUCAUCCGAUACUCCCACCCUCACCUCCACCCUCCCCCCCACCCAACAUCACAUCAUCUGCUAUCCCCCACCCACACAUCCUUUGCAUGCCUCACUUUGUUUUUCUUCCAUCAUUGGCUCUCUGUUUGGGGAUGGGAGGGGCCUCUGGGAAGCGUGAGGGGCUUUAUUGAAGACACAGGAAGUGUGAAUCUGUGCAGGAAGUUGCUCCCACAUGCACUAAUUCAGUCAAAAUUAUAACUUAUAUCAUAAUUUAAAGCGUCGGUUAUGAAAGGACUUUGAAUCAGUGCUUAUGGUCUCAACUUUAACCUGCGGGACCAUUUUGGGGUAGGGGUAAUAGGCUUAGGAUUCGGUUUGGGAAGGGGAAUGUGAGGAGACAGGAGGGCUGUGCUUCUAUCUAAGAGAUUGUAACAAUAACCACACCAGUGCGUCUGGGCUAGUAGCUUCUAUUAUACUCAGUACUGUAGAACAAAAAUGCAUGGGAGUCAAAACUAUACUAGUCUGGGUGUGUGUGGAUGCCUGUCUGUGUGUUUUUGUCUGUGUGUAUGUUUCAAAGAAAAAGAGGGGUGAGUCAAAGUUGGAAUGUACUGUGGUUGAGUGUGUGUUUACCUACUCCAGCAGUUCUCACGCUCUUCCACAGACAGGUAACACACCUCUUCCACUCCUGUGUGUGUGUGUACGUCGCCUGCCCCCUCGCUAGUGUGUGAGAAUAUGUAUGUAUGUAUGUGUGUGUGUCUCUAAACCUCAUCUAAACCCGCCACCUGUGUGUAUGUGUGUGUGUGUGUGUGUGUGUGUGUGUGUGUGUGUGUGUGUGUGUCUGAGUGCUUCACCUUGGUAUUUCACAGCAGACUCUUGUGUACACUGACUAGCCUGUCGAUGUGUGUGUCUGCGUGUGUUUAGUCUGUUCACUGCUGAAUGUGGGGCAGCUGGUCCCUCACAGUGGCUUUCACACACACUGACUGUGUCUUUUCACUGUCUGUCUGUCUGUCUGACUCUGUCUGUCUGUCUCUCUGUCACAGGACAGACAGACAGACAGGCAGCACGCCACUUUCUCACAGGCAGGAAUGAUCUUAACAUGUACUGUCUUUUCUAAAGUGACUGUCAAAGUGUAAACAUGUGCGUUUGUACCCAUAUAAGCCUGCGUAGCCAAAUAAGAUGUGUGUGUGCGAGUAAGGGAGAGAGAGAGAUAGAGAGAGGGUGAAUUUGUAUGUGUGUAAGUGUAGGUAUGCGUGUGCAAGUGUGUGCGAAUGAAGCCUAAUGGAGGCUACACUACUCUAUGUUUGCUGUUCCCAUUCCUGUUUUUAUACAUUUGCAUUUUUUUAAGGCUGAGUUUCUGUCAUUGGCUGAGUGAGCGAGAGGAGGCAGAUCCUCCACGCCACCGCCCUGUCACUAAUCUGCCACUCUGUUCCAAAUAAAAAACCUGAUUGGGUAAAUCUC